CGUCCCAAGAUGGCGGUCGUGAGAGGCUUUGUUGUCUCAAUCCUGGUGUUGCUGCCAGCUUGUUUUGGCAAGCCGUUUAACACAAGCAGAACCCUCGACCCUGAAAAAACAAAUGAGCGAAAGAAGGAGAAAAUGUUUCUAGAAGAUCACUUAAAAGCCGUGAAACUCGAACGAGAUGGCCAUGUUAACAAGGAUUACCACCACGAAGUUUUCCUCGGGAAAAUGGUAGAGAAUGGCACUUUGUUGUUCGACAACAUGGAUGGUUACAGGCGGCUUAUCGAUCUAUUCCAUCAGGUGGACAAGGACGGGGAUCAUUUGAUCAGCAGGCCUGAAAUGAUCGCCUGGAUUCACGGGAAAAUCAAAGAGCACGUCCAAGAAGCUCGCGAAAACAAUAGGCGAAAGUUUAAGGAGGCAGACACAAACGGCGACGGCUUUGUUGCAUGGAAUGAAUUUCAAGAGAAGCUAAAAGAAACUAAUGCCACUCGUAAGGUCGAGGUUGAAAAAGAAUUAGUAGAUGAUGUUGGUGAUAAUCAGGACCCUAUAGCUGAGUACCAUGACAAGUUCAAAAGAGGGGACUUGAACAUGGAUGAAAAGCUGGAUGAAACAGAGUUCCUUUACUUUGAACACCCUGAACACAAUCCACAGAGUAUAAAAGAUUUGGUAGAGGACAUGGUACAAAAUUUUGACAAAAACCAAGAUAAGGUUUUGACUAAAGAGGAAUUUGCUCAACUGCCGCCAGGAGAAGUGGAUACGCAGCAAGAUGCAGACCUUGAUGAAGAGUAUCGUAAGGAACGCGAAACUGAAUUCACUGCAAUGGAUGAAGACGGGGACGGUGUAGUUACUGUCGAUGAACUCACUAAAUACCUUGAUCCCACUCACAAACAGCGUGCCAUCAAUGAAGGGAAUUAUUUAGUGUCAAUGGCGGACAGAGAUCGCGACGAUCAGCUGUCAGAGAAGGAAAUGCUCAUGAAUUACCAGCUAUUCACAGGGAGUACGAUGGCUAAUUAUGCUGGCUAUUUACACGACGAGUUCUGAUAGGCUUCCUUUUGAUUCUUUGCCUGUUUUGUAACGGGCCUAAGAAGCUAAACCACAGGGCGAGAAAAAACUCGCAUCCUUAGAUGGACGGAAAAAGAACAGACUUCAAUUUUUUAAAUUUUAUAGAUCUAUUUACUAUAUAUUGGGGAAAGAAAUCAUUUUAUUAGAGAUGAAGCAAAUAAGUGGUUUUCUCAUUGGAAAUUUACACGAUGACCUCGAUUGAGUUUAACAACCUCAAUUCUUUAUGCGUUUGCUUUUAUUUUCUCUUUUACUUUCUCUAUUUAUUUUUUUGUUCGUUUUGCAUAACAUUGUUAUAAAGAGCUUAAAGGAAUUUCCAAAUUAGGACAAGAAAGCAAUUGCAAAAUAAUUCAGGUAGUUGUUGUCAAAUGACGUCAUCGAGGAGGUGACCCAUUCACCCUUAUUCCCAGGUUUCUCGUCCUUUCUUGUAGAAGUAAGGAAGAGGACCCUGGGACGAGGUUGAUUACGUAUUAAGACUAGUUUUCGCUAACGUCGGAGUCGAAGACGGAGUCCUUAUCAGAAACUCAGAGACGUUUGAUCCGGUCAAAAUCAAAUUGACAGAAUUAGAAGCAGAAUAAAUGUGGUUACGUCGCUUGUCAUCUUGUUGGAGUCGUAAGCCAUCAGAUGGCCUGAGAACUAGCAUUGUGAUUGUUUAAAUUUUUCUGGUUCUGCUUGCAAAUUCAACAAUCUAGUUUUCUUUGGAUCGUAAGCAUAGGAGUUAAAGCGAAUACGGAAGUGAAUGGAACCAGUCGAUUCUUCCGACUUCGAUUUCAUCAAGGUCAUGACUACGCUUAAGACUCCGAUUUUGGUAUGGGGUUCGGUAUACGGGUUACAGGAUCUGGGAAACGGGAUUCAAGAUGACGGAAGUAAUCGUAAGUUCUAUUCCAACGAUUCCGCCGCGAUUGAAAGCCAGUCUUCUGUUAUCGUUUAGGAGCUGACCAAUUACUGUUUUUGGACAAACUCUGAGGUGUGAUAUUUAACGCGGAACGCGUCAUACACUUCCUGUGCAGCUUUCUAGCUGGCAAAGUGUUUUUCAAGUACCGUUUUUUUUUCUUUCUUUCUUUUUUUCGCCGCGAUUGAAAGCCAGUCUUCUGUUAUCGUUUAGGAGCUGACCAAUUACUGUUUUUGGACAAAUUCUGAGGUGUGAUAUUUAACGCGGAACGCGUCAUACACUUCCUUUGCAGCUUUCUAGCUGGCAACGUGUUUUUCAAGUACCGUUUUUUUUUUUCUUUCUUUCUUUUUUUUUUUUUCAAUUUUCAAUGUUUUGUAACUUAACCCUUUACACCUUGUCAUCAGUAUGCAAGUUCUCCAAGCCGUUCCCCGAACAUUUCCUCUGUUACUUACAAGAAGAAUUUGUCCGACAAUCAAGAACUUCUUGAGUUCGCAAUCGUUUCCUUUAUUCUCAUUCCUGUUGUGGGAAAUUAGAUGCUCAUCAUAUCUUAAAGGUUAAAAUGGUUAACACAAGUUAUGGGAAAGGUCGUUUAAUUCUUGGGAAAGGUGUGGGGAGAGAUGUCGUUGAUCAGUUUCCCGUUGGGUGUUGAGCCUAUGGUGUUUGGUGAAACAGGUAGACCCCUGGGUCACCAUACCGUAGGAGGGGAAGAUAAAGGUCUCUGUGCUUGGUUAAGGUAAAGGAUCGAAAAACCCUGGGUGCAGUGAGACAACACAUGACGCAAUAAUUCAAUUUUAAGGAAGUUGAGAUAUAAUAUAAAGAGCUAAUAUACAUUCAGAGAUUUUUAAAGUCAUUUGCCUUGAA